CCCGCGCCCGCCGCCGUCAAGCCCACAGGAGGCUUGUGUCUGCUCGGCGCGUAUGCAGACAGUGACGACGAGGAGGGCGAAACCCCGGAGAAGUCGGCCCGUUCCACGGAUGCAAACGGCAAUAAUUCAGCAGACAUCGACAGCACACUGGCAAACUUCCUGGCGGAGAUUGAUGCCAUCACGGCUCCUCCGCAGCCCACUGAGCCCGCCCUCGCCACCUCCUCCGCGCCACCCCCCACACCUCCCCGCCCAGAGCCGAAGGAGUCGGGCUUGGUGCAGUCCACAGGCACCACCAACGGCGCAAGCUCUGCGCCGGCCCCAGAAUGGCAGUAUGACACCCAGUGCUCGCUGGCGGGAGCUGGAGAUGUGGGCGACUGGCAGGAGGUGUGGGACGAGAACACCGGUUGCUACUAUUACUGGAACACCCAGAGUAACGAGGUGACCUGGGAACUGCCGCAGUACUUGGCAACCCAGGUCCAGGGCCUGCAGCACUACCAGCACAGGUGGGUGAGACCCUCAGCCCCACAAGGAGCAAACGGCAGCUUCGUAGCGGCUGCUGAGCUGUACCCCCAGGAGAAGGGGGCUGCCCCGGGCAGUGUCAGCCGUGGGGCCAGCCUCACCAAGCGGGAGGUGAAGAAGGAAGUGAACGAAGGUGUGCAGGCCCUCUCCAACAGCGAGGAGGAGAAGAAAGGAGUGGCCGCAGCCCUCCUGGCACCGCUCCUGCCCGAUGUGGUGAAGGAGGAAGAGGAGCGCUGGAGAAGAAAGGUGAUCUGCAAAGAGGAGGUCGAGCUGCCCAUGGAAGAGGAGGUGAAAGCAGAAGAGGCGGCAGCUGCUCCUGAAGAGCAGGAGCCCACCAGAGAUCCCCUAGAAGACACGUUGCAGGAGGAUUUGUGCAGUGUGGUGCAGUCAGGAGAGAGUGCAGAGGAAGAGGAAGAGCAAGACACCCUCGAGCUGGAGAUGGUGCUGGAGAGAAAGAAGGCGGAGCUGCGUGCCUUGGAGGAAGGCGAUGGCAGUGUUUCGGGCUCCAGCCCGCUCUCUGAUGGGAGCCAGUCGGCCUCGCAGGAUGCAACCCGCAGGCUGGCCUCCAAGCGAGGGAAAUGGAAACUGUUUGUUGGAGCCGCCAGCCCUGAAUCUGCAAGUCGAGGCUCCAGCAAAACAGGACGGGAGAGCCCGGAAGCAGGAGAAGCAGCAGUGAGCACAGAAGCAGCUGAUGUGAAUUCAGACAAAGAGGCAGAGUCUGAGGAGCCCCAGGAGAAAACAAAAGCCCAAGGGGCACCAAAAACAGAAGAGGAAGAGCAGGACCUAAAGUUUCAGAUUGGAGAACUGGCAAAUACUUUGACUAGUAAAUUGGAGUUCCUGGGCAUCAACAGACAAUCUAUCUCCAACUUCCACAUGUUGCUGUUGCAGACAGAGACACGCAUUGCAGAAGGUGCUCUCAAUGGAAACUACCUCAAACGCAAACUCCAAGACGCAGCCGAACAGCUAAAACAAUACGAAAUAAACGCCACCCCUAAAGGCUGGUCCUGCCACUGGGACAGGGAGCAUAGACGCUAUUUCUAUGUUAACGAGCGCUCAGGAGAGUCGCAAUGGGAGUUCCCCGACGGGGAGGACGAAGAGGAGGGACAGCGGACCACCGACAGAAAAGCCGACGGUCCUCCUAAACCACCUCCAAAAGACAAAGGAGAGCGCGCCGGGGACCCCACUGAGCGCCCCACAG